CGCGGGAUGGGCUCCCGCGCGGGCUGAGCCCGCCGAAGGCGGGGGCACCGCGCCCGUGGCAGCGCUCGUUUACAGCUCUCUCGCUUCGGGCUUUCGCGGAGGAGGAAGGGACGAAAUAAGCAGCUGGUCGGUGGCGGUGCUGUGAAAAAUGAGUGGUGGGUUGGCACCAAGCAAAAGCACAGUGUAUGUGUCCAAUUUACCCUUUGCUUUGACAAACAACGAUCUGUACAGGAUAUUUUCAAAGUAUGGGAAAGUUGUCAAAGUUACUAUUAUGAAAGACAAAGACACCAGGAAGAGCAAAGGAGUUGCCUUUAUUUUGUUUUUGGAUAAAGAAUCUGCACAAAACUGUUCUCGGGCACUUAAUAACAAACAGUUGUUUGGAAGAGUAAUAAAAGCAAGUAUUGCCAUUGAUAAUGGAAGAGCAGCAGAAUUCAUUCGCAGGCGUAACUACUUUGAUAAGUCUAAGUGUUACGAAUGUGGGGAAGCAGGACACUUAAGUUAUGCUUGUCCUAAGAAUAUGCUAGGAGAGCGAGAGCCACCAAAGAAAAAAGAAAAGAAGAAGAGAAAGAAAAUAGUUGAGCCAGAAGAAAUUGAGGAGGAAGGAGAAAGUGAAGAGGAAGGAGAAGACCCUGCUCUGGAUAGCCUCAGCCAAGCCAUAGCUUUUCAGCAAGCCAAAAUUGAGGAAGAACAGCAACGAUGGACACAGACUGCAGGGGAAUCUUCAAUUUCAGAUGAUUCAAAACGUCCACGGAUUAAGAAAAGUGCUUAUUUCAGUGAUGAGGAAGAACUUAGUGAUUGAAAUAAUACUAUUCUAUAUGUAUAUAUAAUAUAUGUAGUGUACCUUUUGUAAAGUGAUACAAGGUGAUCUGUAAUAUAAGUUUGUUUUGGUGUUGAAGACACUGAAAAUCCUGUUGUGUUUUAUCCUGUCCUCUCACCCUCCUGUCUUUUUAUACCUUUGUCUCAAAACUUCACCUUUCAAGGCAGCUUCUUCAGAAAAUGAUGUGUUCCUACACUUAAAUCCAGAAGAGUAUCUAUGAGAAUUCUUCUUACAGUUACUGUCUAGACCCAAACCCUGGAAGUGAAAUCUUUCCUAAGAGAAUUUCUGACAACUUUUUUCCCAUGAGAAUUCCUCUGAAGAUGACUGUUACCACUACUGAUUCUUUAUGUAUUGGUCUGUUUAUUGCCUGUUUGGAAGCAGGAGGCUUUAGCAGUACUUUGGUGGAUUAUGAAUCUUGGAUUGUUCCUCUUCAUAGUGUUAAAUUUCAGCUUUAAGCAUUGUACUAGUCUUUUAACUCCUCAUGCAAUAGAUGAUAAAUUACUGUCACAUCAGCAUUGUUUCUCCUGACUGCAGUUUGGGUGCCUAACAUGGUAAUUAUGGUUAUCCAUGGGGUUUUAAAUAUACUUGUAUCUAACCUGGGUCACAGUUCUAUGUUCACAACCCUCUGAACCUGUUGGUAAAAUGCAAAAGGCACAAAGUUUCCUACAUACUUUAAUUAUCUUUGAUGUAUACUUGGAACCAUCGCAGUCUCUAAGCAAAGUGUGUCGGCACCUAGUUUGCACAUAAAGCUGUCAAGACCUUUAAAAUAGUGUCUCCAUUCUUACCUCUCUAGGGUUCUAGUCAUGUUCUCCUGUACUAGUGAUUAUUCCCAAAACCACAGACACAUGAUGAGCUGGCUUCUUUUUCUGUUUUCAGUUCUUCCUGUUUAACCAUCAGGACUUGAUUUUCUUCCAAAUAUUCCAUUAUCUGUUCUUAAUAUUAAUUUACAUUCAAAUACAUAAGGUGCAAAGCAAAGAAACACACGCGCACACACUCUCUAAGCUAGCAUAAAGUAGUCUCAUUCAGAAGGUCAUUCUUGUCCUUGUUUUGCUCCAUAAACACAAGAAUUCAGAAACAAGAAUAAGGCAAUAAUAGAUUUUUCUCUGCAAGCUACUCAAACCGUUGGAAUAAGGAGGAAUAUUGGGUUCUAGACAUAGGAAGGUCUUGGGCUCAGUAAUCAAAGAAAUGUUUUUAAGACUGACUUUGACUUUUUGCUGAAAGUACUAUAUAUUAAAUCUGAAGCUUCCUUGACGGAAUUUUGGAAGAUCUCUUGAUACUGAAUAGCAGAGUGCUAAAGUGCCAGGCAUAACUUGGUAAUAAUAAAUGCAAAUCACUCUACAUUGUGUAUGUAAGAAUGAAGCCUGAGGAGUUCUAAACUCUGCUAAGGAAGAAAGUCUUGCUGCCAGCAUGCUUCUCUACAAGUGCUAGGUUAGGGCCUAGUGACAAUCAAAAAAAAGAUGAAAGCAAAACAAGCAAAAAUAUUGGGCCACUACUUAAAAUGGGAGUUUGUCUUCAAGUACCGUAUUCGGUGCUGUUUUUAAAAAAAGAUAGAAAACUGAAAUGUGACAGAGGACCAGUUUGACAUUGUCCAUGACUUUGGUUUGGGAAUAUUUGGUAGCUUGUAAGAGUUAAGAUUUCAGUGAAGUGAUUAGGCAGCAAGUUUCAGACUUGUAAUUCAUUACACUAUGUAAUGUAGUAGUGGAACUUACUGCUAGGAGACUUAAGGGUCAUGCAGUCAAAUGGAUUAGACUUGUAUGUGAAACAGAUUUUCAGAUGUUAGUUUUAAUAAAGUCUCCACUCAGAAAUAUCCUCAGUUGCUGGCUACCUCUAACAGUUAAAAUAUACAGAGGAAUUAACAUAGUCUAGGAAUGUAUUGUUCUUACACAAGUUACUGUUUCAUAUUUGCUACUGGUGUGUUGUCAGAAAGCAUAAAACCCAAAAUGGAGCCUUAUUCUGACCUAAUAAAGUACUUUUUCAAGA